UCUUCAUCACCAAACUUGGAUAGAAAAACCGUUGGGAGGGAAAAUGCCCGCUUAAAUCACCGACAAGUUACGUAAUCGGGAGCCCUCCAAUACAUCCUUACGAAGUACCCUCCACAUAAACUUGUUAGACGUUUAACGCCGAGGCAACUGUAUAAAAAUUGGCGUGGAGUGCAGUAUUUCCAAUUUUGAUCCUCGAUUUUUCCACUUGGUGCUACGUCCUCAUAAAGUGCAUUCACACCUUUCCAUACAUGGAGCAGUGCCAUUUGGAAUCCUUACGUUGAACCCAUUUCCUGACCAAAGCUUAGGUUUCUGUCGAUUGUAUUUGUGCCCGAACCGAAGUUGACUGAUUCGAUGAUCCCGAAAGCAGUUUCUUUCGGGAAUCAUAGAUGAUUAUACAUGAACAUUCGGAUGCCAUUCAGUGGGGUCUUCAGCUUUUCGAUGUUGAUCCCAUCGGAUCUGGAUAUUAUGGUGAUAUGAUACAUCAUGGUGCUGAUGAUGUUUAUAAUGGAAUCGAUCAAGAGCAUUAUGGUACUGAUUGUAGUCGUUUGGAGAAUGAUGAGGUUAUUGCGCGUACACUUCAAGAAGAGUUUUUGCAGCUUGCAGUUUCAGAAGCAUCUGGAUACUCACAUGCAGGAGAAGAGCACUAUCAAGCAUCAAAUCUUGGACAUGAUUGGCACAGUCCAUCAAUGAACUUCUACUGUUCAGACCAUAAUUACGGCCAGGAAGAAGCUGAUGAUACAGAGCCUUCAACUUCUCAUCCUAGCCAGAGUGAUACAAAAGGGUAUUCUUAUUCUCCGGAUCUAACUAAUGAAUUUGCACUUGACAGUGAAGUAGGCAGGAGACUGGAUCAAAUGAUCCCCAUCCCUCAUGUUCCUAGAAUUAAUGGAGAAAUUCCUUCAAUUGAUGAAGUAACUUCAGAUCAUCAGAGGCUUCUGGACAGAUUGCAGAUGUAUGACUUUGUAGAGCACAAGGUUCAAGGAGAUGGUAAUUGUCAGUUUCGUGCUUUAUCAGAUCAAUUAUAUAGCACACCUGACAACCACCAAUUUGUUAGGCAACAAGUUGUGAAUCAGCUUAGGUCUCAUCCAGAGAUAUAUGGGGGAUAUGUUCCCAUGGAAUAUGGUGAUUAUUCAGAGAAGAUGUCCGAGAGCGGUGAGUGGGGUGAUCAUGUCACAUUGCAAGCAGCUGCUGAUUUGUAUGGUGUGAACAUUUUUCUUAUUACAUCGUUUAAGGAUACUUGUUGCAUAGAAAUUCUUUCAAAUAUACAGAAGCCAAAUCGAGUGAUUUUCUUGAGUUUUUGGGCUGAGGUGCAUUACAACUCGAUCUAUCCUCAAGAAGAUGCGUCCUCGAAUGAGUUCAGAAAGAAGAGAAGGUGGUGGACGUUUGGCAAUAGGAAUUAGGGGCUUUCUGGCAGGCAGAGGCUGGAAUAAGCCAUAUAUGGAACCUUCUUUUUAGUUGUCCUUAAACAGGUGCUACUUGAAGAGUACUCAUAUUCCUUGGUUCAAAGACAUUCUCCAAAUUCUCGCACUCAAUAAGUUAAUAAUCUUUUUCUUGGUCAUUUCAUAUGAAGAACAAAUCAUAUUUUAUUCCUUUUCUGAAUAUGUAAUUAUUAUCUGUGAAUUUGUACCGUUUAAAAAUAAAGCCAGUGCUCAGUCGAGAACAUGACAUGAAGCUCAAUAUAGAGUGAAGAAGGAGACUAAUCAAAAUGAAAGAUUCAUAGAUCCACAUAUAUGGCUC